AAGAGUCACCAUGUUGAAUUCCGCUUAUUCUGCCGGAUAUCACCGCUCUUUGCGGAGGAUCUCGGUCUUUAUCGCGCUUUAGAACUGAUUAAACUGAUUAACUCCACAUCAAGCAUGACAGACUCCCAGGCAGGUGCGACUGCACCAAAGGAGAAGCCCAAUACUACGGGAUUCGUCUCUGGUGAUGAUACCUGGACUCAAUUCCGCAAUAUCUAUUCCAUCCUGACGGGCAAGAUGUCCAACGAAGGAAUCGAACAGUUCCGUGUUGCGCGAGAUACCCGCAACGAAGAGGCAGACUGUAAGCGCUGUGAGGAUCAGCGAGAUUAUCUUCUUCAAUAUAGUCCUACGAUUCGAUUCCUCAGUGAAAGUAUUCAACAAUUAGGAGGCGAUCUUCACAGUCAUAAUAUCUACUGUCGUCGCUGCACAGACCGGAAAGGUGGUGGCUUCGAUCCAGAGUUUGGAAUUUUGAUCUGCGCAAAUGAAAUGAAGGAUCAGGGACACCUUGAAGAUACCAUGGCCCACGAAAUGGUUCAUGCUUUUGACCACCUCAGGUUCAAGGUGAACUGGUCCGAUAAUUUGCGUCAUGCGGCCUGUACUGAAAUUCGGGCUAGUUCGCUCAGCGGCGAGUGCAGAUGGGCCCGCGAGUUCUUCCGACGAGGGCAGUGGAAGCUCACACAGCAGCACCAAGAGUGCGUCCGAAGAAGGGCGAUUCUCUCCGUACGAGCACGGCCAACUUGCAACGACGAAGCUCAUGCCACAAGGGUCGUCGAUGAAGUCUGGGAUAGCUGUUUCAGGGACACGCGCCCAUUUGAUGAGAUUUACCGAUGA